UUUGCUCUGGCCUAGGGCUUUGGCUGGAGCUGCGAUGGCGCUUUCGAUCGGCCGGCAUUGCGCGCGCUCGCGAUCGCUCCUCCGGAGGCUCUACUCGUCGUCGCCCGAUGCCGCGCCGGAUCUUCCAGCUCUUCAAAUGCCGGCUUUCGAUCACGUCCCGCGGCCCUACGCCGGCCCCAGCGCCGAGGAAGUCCUCGAGAAGCGGAGGAAGUUCAUGAAUCCCGCAAUGUUUCUCUACUACAAGAAGCCUCUCAAUAUUGUGGAAGGGAAGAUGCAAUAUCUUUACGAUGAGAGUGGAAAGAGGUACUUGGAUGCGUUUGCUGGGAUUGUCACUGUUUCCGUGGGUCAUUGCCACCCAGAGGUUGUCCAGGCCGUGAUCAAGCAAACCGAGCUCUUGCAGCACACAACCACGAUCUAUCUACACCAUGCUGUCGCCGAUUAUGCUGAAGCUCUCGCGGCAAAAAUGCCUGGAAAUCUCAAGGUGGUUUUCUUUGUGAAUUCUGGAUCAGAGGCUAACGAUAUGGCAAUGCUUAUGGCUCGGCUCUACACUAAGUCGUAUGAUAUUGUUGCUCUACGUAAUGCCUAUCACGGUAUGAGCCCGUCUACCAUGGGACUUACUGCCCAUAGCACCUGGAAAUAUAGCGUCCCUCAGGGAUUUGGAGUACACCAUGUUUUGAAUCCGGAUCCCUACAGAGGUCCGUUUGGAGCUGAUGGAAAGCUCUAUGCAAACGACAUCGCAAAUCUUAUUGAGUCAGCAACACCCGGAAAAGUGGCUGGAUUCUUUGCAGAAACAAUUCAGGGUGUUGGCGGCGCCGUGGAACUUGCGCAAGGCUACUUACCAGCAGCCUACGAAAUAAUUCGAAAUGCUGGAGGUCUUUGCAUCGCGGAUGAGGUACAAACCGGGUUUGGCCGCACUGGAAGCCACUAUUGGGGAUUUGAAACUCAAGAUGUUCUGCCAGAUAUCGUGACGAUGGCGAAGGGAAUUGGAAAUGGUCUUCCUCUGGCUGCGGUGGUCACGACACCAGAGAUAGCAAGUGUUCUCGCAGAAAGACUCUUUUUUAAUACUUACGGCGGGAAUCCCGUGUGCUCGGCAGCAGGCCAUGCUGUGCUGAAGAUUUUGGACAAGGAACAGCGUCAGCAGCACUGCGCUACUGUCGGAAACCAUCUUCUCGCGAGACUCCGGGCUUUGCAAGAUAAAUACGAGCUGAUAGGAAACGUCAGAGGCAGAGGUUUGAUGCUGGGAGUAGAAUUUGUCACCGACAGAGUUGCCAAGACUCCCGCGAAGAACGAGACGAUGAUGGUGAUGGAAAGAAUGAAAGAUCUUGGGGUGCUCGUCGGCAAAGGUGGGCGACAUGGUAACGCGCUUAGAAUCAAGCCGCCGAUGUGCUUCACUCUCGAGGACGCUGAUUUCCUGGUUGAUGCGUUGGAUCAUUCGCUCUCCACGCUUUAAAUCCUUAAGGUGAAAGAUCACCUCUCUUUCAUAUGUGGAAACGCAAAGACCAUAAAAAGCAAUAUAUUUGAUUCCCUACGGUGGGUAUAUUCCCGCA